AAAAAGCUCACCCCACGCGAAACCUCCAAUCCCACAUCCCUCAGCCUCUCGAGCUCCGUCAAAAUCACCGAGUCGAGAUCCGGCCUAUCCCUCCUCCUUAGCUCACAGCACUUCAAAGCCAGCUUCGCCAGCGAAAGAGCCUCCUCAACCGGCCAAUCCCCAACCGUACGGUCGAGCACAUCCGCAAACUGGCCCGACUCAAUCGCAGUCUCAACAUGGUGCGAGAGGCCCAUCGCUGGCCGAGCCGUGAGGAUCUGCAGCAACAUGACCCCAAACGAGUACACAUUUCGUCCCGAGCAUGCCCGUUUGCUGAUACUCCGGGUCGAUGUAGCAGAAAGUCCCGGCAGCAGCAGUCAUGUGGCACUGAGUGAUGCUGUCGGCAACUGGGGCAGGGACGAGUCGGCACAGGCCCACGUCGCUUAUCUUGCUGACGAAGUUUCGGUCGAGAAGGAUGUUCGCGGGCUUGAGGUCGCGGUGGACGAGGGGUUCGGGCCGGGUUUUGUGGAGGAAGUUGAGGGCUGUGGCGAUUUCAGCGGCGAUUCGGAAACGGGCGGGCCAUGGGAGGGGAGGGGUCCCGUUUUUGCGGUAGAGACGGUCCUCGAGGCUGCCGUUUUCCAUGUACUCGUAGACGAGGCUGCCGUAGUCGGGGCAGGCGCCGAGGAGGACGACCAUGUUUGGGUGGCGCAUCCGGCUCAGGACCUCCACCUGUACGAAAAAGCGGUUUGCGAAGAGGUUGAGCUCCCGGAUGAAUCCGAAACUGGUUGUGGGUCCAUAACCUCGAACGAGACAUCUGAAGGGAAACUCAUUAUGUCCGAAACAUCGCUCGACUCGGACAUGGAUUUUACAACUUUGCCCUUCGACACAACAAACACCGUGCAAGAAUCUGGUGCAUAUUUUCCUACUGAGCUGGGAACAUCUGCAUUCUUAAAUGCCCUGUGA